AAUUCAGAGCACAAAAUGGUGUCUUCAUACUUCGAAUUGCUAUGUAUAGUCCUUCUAGGACUAGGACACAUGUGCAUCUAUAUAGGAAACGACUCACAGACAUUUCUGGUGGAAUCAGUGACUCAUUCAGUAAAUCGACGAGAUCCAGAAAGGAUCGAUGCACAUGCUGGAUAUUACGGACAAGCAGUAUGCUUCGUAGCUUUCAUGUUCGGAAGUCUUUUCACACCAUCACUUCUUCCUCUACUAUCUGCAAAGUGGAGUUUAUUGCUAAGCUCCCUUUGCUGGACAGUCUACCACGCUAGUUUUUUCUAUCUAAACAGUUAUCUCUACUAUUUCUGCUGUACCCUGAUUGGAUUUGGAUUUGCUUUAUUUUUUACUGGUUACGGCUCCUAUUUGACAGCACAUUCAACUCGGAAGACAAUCGAACAAAAUUCGGCAAUAAUGUGGACUGUUGGAAAUUUUUGCUUAUUCUUCUCUUCGGCACUUCUAGUUCUUAUUCUACAUUUCAACGAUGCAGCAAAAUCGACAAGGGAGAAUGUUUCAAACUCCACUAUUUUUGAUGCUGAUCCCGUAAAAACGCGAGAAUUCUCUGAUAAUGAUAUUAGAUUGAUGUAUGGAGCCUUUAUGGCUGUUACCAUCUGUUCAAAUAUCAUCUUCGCUUUGAUGCCUUCGAAAGAUCUUGACGACUGUAUCGAAAGUGGGAAGCCAGAAAGAAUCUUAUCUUUUAUGGCAGAAAUGAGAGUCAUGUUCUCUUCAUUCGCAAACCAAAACAUAUUGCUGCUCACACCAUUAUUUUUCCAUAUUGGUAUUGUCACUGCAUUCUGGAUAGCUGUCUACCCUACGACAUUCCUUUUUACGGAAUCGCUCACUGCUUACAAUUACCUGCCGGCUUACUAUAGCGCCUUUGCUGGAAUCGGAGAAAUAGUCAUGGGUGUCGUAAUCACCAUUGCUUGUCGGAAAAUAAAGGAUUUUGGGCUUUCACCAUCUAUGCUUAUAUCGACAGCGUUAACAUUUCUUGCGCUCGUCACUUUAACUGCAUCGGUUCCUGAAUGGUCGACAGUCGCGCCAACCAAGAAUCUGCCAUGGCUGGUGCAACCAAGUAUCUGGAUAACAUUUCUGAUAGCUGUUCUCUUCGGAGCAAUCGAUUCCGCCAUGAACACGGUUAGAAACGUUGCCUGCGCACUGGCCAUGCCUGAGGCUCGAGCGCAGGCUUUUGCGAUCUCCAAAUUUUAUCAGGCCCUCGCAAAUGCUUUAUCGAUGGUGCUCAGUUCACAAAUGUCAAUCUAUCAUCACGUAGAGCUUCUUGUCAUAACUACGACAAUCUCUACUGUAACUCUCAUCUGGGUUCAACGACGAAUCAACAGCAAAACCAACGAAGUGCUCGAAUCUCCUUGUGCUACGAAGAUGUGCGAUAUAAAUAAUACUAAUUGA